AUGAGCACCAUCGCUAACAACCCACCAGCCUUAGGAACUCCCCUCGCAACGACCAGAGAGCCUGCUGACCAGUGGGCAUCCCACACCAUCCAGGCGCUAUCGCGCGACGACAACGCGCCUCCUGACAAGCAAGAGACACCUUUUCAAUCUCACUCGACGGCGACUACCCCGGGACAGCACAUUCCUGGAGCAUAUCCCGCACAAACCUCCGAGUUGUCGGCACGCCACGCCACUGCGGAGGUGUUACAGAGUGACGCGGAAUAUGUCAAGGAUGCAGCCUUGAGUGCGUUGCAUACUGCGAAGGAAUACGUCGGUAGUGCAGGAGAAACUGUGGGAGGAUACUUACCACCCAGUGUUGCUGCGUACUUGCCGGGCGGGCAUGCAGAACAUACCGCCGGAAAUCCGGGUUCACUCGAACCUACCCAUCACAUACGUGAUGUUGCACAUGCCACCGUUCCUCCAUCGACAUCUGAGGAGAUUGAAGACUUUGGUCUUGUUCCUGGUCCAGCCGCCGUCCACAAUUCUCAGUCAAGUCCAGCUCAGUACCUCCACCCCCAUUCCACUCUUGCUGCCAACCCACCAAUAGAAACACUCGUGGCGGAAGGGGCGACUGGCGACGCCAGCACGAAGAGUCUUCCCGGGAGCAGAGUUGAAACUCCCGCCUCGUUUUCUGACACCCCUCCUGGGCUCGCAUGUUCAAAUGGUCGCGGCGAGCAUCAUGCUGCGCACUCCCAACUAGCGGAGGACCGUACCCAUCAACCCUCCGGGUUUGCUGCCACAGUGCUGCCAGAGGUCCCCCCUCCCCCUGUCGUCAAUACCCCAUCGGAACGUGAGCUAGGUCAGGAAGGUUCUUCGUCGACGGGCUUUCCGCUCGCGGAGACUCACCAGCGUUCAUUUGACGCGGAACAGGAGAGAGGGGCCGUCGUCGGUGAGGAGAACGUGCCUACGCAUGUCGUUGCUGGGAAAACAGAGAUGAGAACUGAGGAACCAACGAACGUUAUCUCAGAAGAGGAGAGACUUGGUUUCGGCAGCGGGCGAGAGAAGGAAAAGGGCAGGGAGCGACCUACUGUUACCCUGCCGCCAUCAGAAAGCGAAUCUAUGAAGGCGAGAAAGGAGAGAACGCUACGAGAGGAGCUGGCUGCGCUACAGGUCAGUGAACAGGAAGGCCCGUCAACGGCUCCAUCAACGUCGCUCCAGCAGCCCGCAACCAUGACGAGGAUACGCACCACUCUUGAGCCUGGGGAAAAGGAUAGGCCUUUCAAGCCACCGACCGAAGCUGAGCUGAAGGCUCGCCGUCAUGCUGAGACGAUGCCCCUCAAGGCGCCUGAGAAGAGAGAGCACCGCAAGUCGUUCAUCGACAAGCUCAAGGAGAAGAUUCAUGUUGGGGGUAAAGAGAAGAAGGCAGCUCCUCCGCUGCAACAGCAACAGGAGGGGAUCGGCGAAGUUCUGGAACCUCAGAGCAAGAACUAG